CCACGCUGCAUUUAGCAAGACGUCUUCACCUGAUCUACACCCAAAUUAAAGCCCACAGCCUAUGUACACAGCUUCUCUCACAAACAGCAUAUUAAUUUGCUCAUUUCCUCUCAUCUUUCCAAAUCCUCCGUUAUCGCAAACCCGGCCACCAUGUCUUCCCCCUCCUCCUCCUCUAAGCGAUUUCUUGACGAAGAUGAUGAUCAUGACGAUUUUUUCCUACGUCAUAGAAAAGUGAAUAGCGAUUUAAAUAGCAAGAUCAUGCUCGUGGCCAUCGUUUCAUUAUCGGUGGUGAUCUUUUUGGUUAUUGCCUUGCACAUAUAUGCGAGGUGUGUGCUACGCCGCCAGGCACGUCGCCGAGCAGCCAUCCGUCAACUGGGGUUAACCGUGGCUCAUGCCCGCUCCAGCCAGCAACCCAAGACCGGACUCGAUCCAACUGUCAUCGCUUCGUUGCCCGUGUUUGUUUUCAAGCAAAGGGAUGACGGAGAUGAUCAUCAUCAUAGCGAGGAUGAUGCGUCGGCGACGGAAUGCGCGGUGUGUCUAAGCAUGUUAGAGAAUGAGGAAAUGGCUAGGUUGUUACCAAACUGCAAGCACAUUUUCCAUGCGGAAUGCAUAGAUAAGUGGUUGGGUUCACACUCGACGUGUCCUAUUUGUCGAACCGAGGCCAAGCCCCUGGUUCAGCCCGUGAACCGCGAGGGUCCGGCAGGUCUAGCCGGAGGCAUUACCGCACCCACGGAUCCACGUUUGGACACUAGUCUGCAGAUUAAUCCUGGAGUUUCAUACAUGGCAGCAGGAACAUCUGAUGGUUGUAGCCAAUCAACAGAAAAGGCUAGCGGUUCAACCUCACGAUUAAACUCAUUCAAAAGGAUUCUUAGUAGGGAAAGAUCGUCCAGAAGAAUUCAUUCUUGCAGCGGUGAAGACGACGCCAUAGAAGAUUUAGAGAGACAGUAAGUAAUUAAUUUUCAGGUAAUAAUUAAGACGGUGGUUUUACUUCUUUUUUUCUAUGGAAAAAUAUAUGAUUUUACAUUUCAAUUACAUAUGAGUGAGUAUAUGCUAUACAUGAUCAGAGAGAUACAAUUGGCUCUAACCGAAUAUAUAGAUCUGGAGCCAAUGAUACAUAUAUCUUCAACAAAACUACUGUACGUUGUCAGACUUUUUUGAAUCUCUAUAUACUUCUGCAGAAAUUGAGAGAAAAACAAAAAGAUUCAGAGACUUGUUAUUA